GGCUAUUUAAGAGCCGCUUCCGCCCCCCGCGUCUUGCCCGGCUCUUCUUGCCGCUGUCGUUGAGCGCUGGCGGACCAGACGCUUUUGGCGAUGAGCCUCCCAGGGUUAAGUUUUAAGAAAGCCGCUGCUUUUGCCGAAGCCCUGAGAGCCGAGCCUCGGUUCUUGCUGGCCCAAAAUGUCGCAACCUGUUCAGACCCUCUGGAGGUGUGUCUGGAGCGUGGUGUGGUACAAGAUGUGCUCCAGGUGUUCCAGCAUGCAGUACCUGCCGAGGGCAAACCCAUCACCAAUCAGAAGAACUCAGGGCGCUGCUGGAUCUUCUCUUGUCUGAAUGUGAUGCGUCUCCCGUUCAUGAAAAAGUUCAACGUUGAGGAGUUUGAAUUCAGCCAGUCCUACCUCUUCUUCUGGGACAAGAUCGAACGUUGCUACUACUUCUUGCACGCGUACGUGGAGACGGCUCAGCAGAAGGAGCCGGUGGAAGGCCGGCUGGUGCAGUUCCUGCUCUCCAACCCUUCCAAUGACGGUGGGCAGUGGGAUAUGCUUGUGAACCUUAUUGAAAAAUAUGGUGUUGUUCCCAAGAAGCUGUUUCCAGAAUCGCAUACCACAGAGGCCUCCAGAAGGAUGAAUGACAUUCUGAACCAUAAGAUGCGGGAAUACUGCAUCCGACUACGAAACAUGGUCGAGACAGGCUGCAACAAAGGCGAGCUUGCAGUUGCUGUGGACACCAUGAUAGAGGAGGUGUUUCGAAUAGUUUCCAUCUGCCUCGGGAGCCCACCGGAGACCUUCUGCUGGGAGUUCUAUGAUAAGGAGAAGGCCUACCACAAGAUCGGGCCAGUCUCCCCGUUACAGUUCUACCAGGAACACGUCAAGCCCGUCUUCGAUAUGGAAAGCAAAGUUUGCCUAGUCAAUGACCCCCGCCCCCAGAAUCCGUACAAUAGGUUGUACACAGUGGAGUAUCUGAGCAACAUGGUUGGGGGAAGAAAAACUCUGUACAACAACCAGCCAAUUGAGCUUCUGAAAAAGAUGGCCGCCGCUUCCAUUCGGGAUGGAGAGGCAGUCUGGUUUGGCUGCGAUGUCGGAAAGCACUUCAACAGCAAGCUGGGCAUCAACGACAUGAACAUAUUUAAUCACAAACUGGUGUUCGGUGUGUCUGUGAAGAACAUGAACAAGCACGAGCGGCUGAUCUUCGGGGAUUCCAUGAUGACCCACGCCAUGGUCAUCACUGCCUUCAACGAGAAGGAGGAUCAAGAUAGCUCCUUUGAGAAGUGGCGUGUGGAGAACUCGUGGGGAGAAGACCGUGGAAAUAAAGGCUAUCUCAUCAUGAGCGACGACUGGUUCUCGGAGUACGUGUACGAGGUGGUGGUGGACAAGAAGCACGUGCCUGAAGACGUCCUGGCGGUGUUUCAGCAGGACCCGACAGUCCUGCCUGCGUGGGACCCGAUGGGCGCUCUGGCCAAGUGAACUCUCGGAGGGGCCUUGCUGCCUCCUCCUCCUCCUCCUGGUCAACCUUGAAGCAAGCAUGGUGGGGUCUGGAAGGCCGGGAGCUGCGGCGAAGCCGCCACGCAGCCACGCUCACUGCUGGAGGUGCGGCGUUCGCAAGCGGGUUGCUGCAGGCUCUUUGCAGGGAACUACGCUGUUCCACGGAUGGGGCAACUCUGCAAUCUUGCUGUCGGCGUGUGCUUUUUCCAUUGUAGUAUGAUCGUUCCUUUCUUCUUAAUGUCCUUUUAAACGUUCUUUUAUCGGCGCACUCGGCGUGUGUUGGACUCCUCCCGAAGUGAUUCUUUCGAGCAAACGACAUGUACAAAAGACGGGUGCGGGCGACGAUCUUGUGGGAGCAAAGAGCACCCGCUGGAGAUGAACAGGAGGGGGGUGUUCAGUGGCUCGGUGGCUCUUUGGAGAGUGGGAAAAUCAGGGGGCGGGUGAGGCUGUCCAUUUCUUAUCCAUGAGCUGUCUGUCUGUCUGUCCCGACUAUGGUACAAUCGGAAUUAUCUGUGAGGGUUUUUUGUCUUGGAAACGGUACACCAGAUUUAGAGUCAACAGGAUUGGUUAUUUCAGCGCAGCUCAACCGAACAACCACUCAGACGUCCUCCCGGGCAGAACUGAGGAAUGCAAGACGCCCGAGCAAAAAAACAAAACAUUUUUUUAAAAUCACCGAUUUUAUUUGACUGCUGUUGACAAUUAGAUGAUGCUACGAAGCGUUUUAAAUAAAUCCACAUUGCUGAAUGCC